AUGUUGCUCGACCUCGCGCACCUCCGCGAGCUGUGCUUUAUGGACUCGAGCGUGUAUCUCGCGCACGGCAGCGUGCGCGCGCUGAACCCGCAGGCGUUCCGGGACAUGUACGGGCCCCCAGAGCCCAACGGCCGCUUCGAGGACGUUAAGCUCGGCGACCAGGGGUACUGGUACUCGAUUGUGAACUACCAGCAGGACCUCACGGAGCACCUGAGCUGCGACACGCUGGAAGAGGGCGAGGCGAUCUUGCCUAAAAUUCUCCAUUGCCUGACGAAGCGAUGGUGGCCCGCGGUGCAGUACCACAUCGGGUACAAAUGUAUAUGGUUGAAUGCACACCGCGCUAAGGGCACGCUUUGGAUAGAGGCCGAGCGGGACCGUCAAGCUCGCAGACGAGCUCCUCGAGCAGAAGUUUGUGGAGCCUCGGGCGCACGAACAGAGCUGAAUGCCAGUGGACAUGCGGGGUGGAUCAACCCUCGCAUCGGACCCGGAGUGGCAUCUCUCUCCAGCCUGUCCGAGCUGUCGCUAGAGGGCUUGCUGACCAAUCACGCACUCUUAAUGCUUGCCCAGGUGAAUCCCAAGCUCAAGAAGCUUUCCGUGACAAUGUCACGGGGCGAUCUGGACCCUAUGGAUGUCUUCGAGGUUUUAGCACGUCUGAGCAACCUUCAAACACUAGAGAUUAGCGAUGCCACUUGUCCAGAGGAGGAACAGAGGCCAAGAUCGCAGAGGAGCCGACUUCCUGUCGUAGCAUCUAUAACAUGGCUUGAUUUCCACCGCUGGUGGGAUGUCCCCGGACUGGUGCAUAUAUUUCCGAAUGUACGGGAGUUAUGCAUAUCUCGCUGCGACAAACCUCAUUGA